AUGGCAAACAACGGAAGUCUCAUGCCUGUCAAAGACUUGAAACCAUUUAAGACUAAAUGGCGAUCUCAAGUGAAAGUGCUACAUUCAUGGCUGCAAAACACUGGUUCUGGUGGGAAGACUCUUCAAAUGGUUCUGACCGAUGAACAAGGUGAAAAGAUUAUUGCUAUGUGCAAAAGGAAUCACAUUUUGAGUGUCCAGCGAAAACUACCCCUGAGAAAAUGGUGUGUUCUCACAACGUUUUCCGUUUCGCAAGCAUCGGGCCAAUAUCGGCCAACAAGCCAUCCAUACAAAAUAACGAUCAGUUACGAAACUGUGAUAACAAAUUCUGACCUAAUUCAAGAUAGCAUCUUCCUGCCUCUUGCCAUAUACGAAGACAUCAAUGAUGGGAACUUAAAGACCAACUUCCUUAUUGGUAAUACCUUUAUGUCAAUAUGUUAUGGGAAAACCGUAAGCCUUGAACCAGUUCAAACCGUCCAAGUUAAAGGACAGGACCGGAAAAAAGUUCAAUUUCGUUUGGUUGAUGCAAAGUUCGCCAAAAUCAGUUUUUACAGAGGUGAGGUGAAAAUCGCAAAUGCUUUUGAUGCAUCCAUUGUUUAUCUUGAUCUAACUAUGGAACUGGUGGAAGACGAGCUUCCUCUUGCUGUUAUUGAGAAGAAAUAUGGUAAGAAAGAAAUCGUUUUACAAGAAGAUGACUGGAACAAGCUUGAGAUCAAGAUGAUUUCGGAACUCUUUGUUUCAAAUCUGGUGGAGAACUGCAAAAUCAUUUGUUCAAUUGCAGCUGUUGACACUGAUUGGGCAUGGUUCUACUUUGGGCAUAAAGGUUGCAAACAUCGUGCCAUAAAACUUGCAUCAAACCAUGACGACAACCAACUUUGGCGUUGUGAGAAGUGCCAAGUUAAAAUCACAGAAGUGAUACCUCUGUUCAAGCUUCAUUUGAUUGUGAGGGAUGACGCAGAAACAUGUAAGUUGAUGUUGUUGAACACUGUUGCUAAGACCAUUGUUGGACAUGAAGCUGUUGAUCUGUGGGAUGGCUCCUAUGAUGAGAUUGAUCCAGAGCUCCACCAGAACCUAUCAGAGCUUUAG